GGAUGAUUCUUCGUCUCUUACGACGUUAGCACGUCUCAUUGUUUCCAUCACUUAAAUAUACUUAAAAAAUAUUUAACCUAUUUUUGUUAAUUUUUGUGCUGUAUUAAUCAUAGAGAUAUAAAUGGCUCAUAUCACUAUGUUAUUAACUAUGUGUCAAUAGAGUGGCAUUGAGCAUUGGGUAGGUUCUAAAGCGGGCUUUUGACUGCAACCUUAGUUGCAACCGUUCCAGCUGAGCUGCAGUUUUCAUAAGCUAGAGAGGAGAUAAGAAAUCAACCAUUUUAUAUCAACUGUAAAUAUUUACCAUUCAAGCUGAUCAAUUUUUUCGAUAGCCUCUUUUAAUUCUAAAGUGCGCUGUUAUGGUGGUGGAACGCAGGAAAAACAAGAAGAGCCGCAAAGAUGAAGGAUCUGAAGAGUCAGUUAUUGCUGACAAACCUUCUAAAGAAGAAUAUGCUGUAGCAAAAUGGAUUCGCAACAACGUUCCAUCGAAAAAAACAAAAUUUGAUAGAAACCACAUUGUAGAAUAUUUUACUGGCAGCAGAGCAGUUGAUGCUCUUCUAGAAAAGUCACCAUGGAAUAAUACUCUAUUUGAAUCAAGACAGCAUAUUGUUGACUUUUUAGAAACUAUGUUGAGACACAAAUUUUUUCAUAGAGCAAAAAAAAUAGUUAUAUCUGAAGAUGAACUUUCUAGAAUUAAAGCUGUUAAAAAGAAGAACAAAGAUCUGAAAGACUACAAAGAAGACAAGAGAUCAAUAAAAGAGAAUGAAAGAUCUGAAGGCAAAGUUAAAAAUGAAGCUGAUUAUUAUGAGAAUGGGGAAGAUAAGUAUAAAAAAGAUGACUCAACAAAGAAAAAUGUAACAGAAGUGAUUAAAAAAAAGCCAAAAGUUAGACUCGAAAUGCAUAUGGAUCAAUUUUUUGUAGAUUGCAAUGAUGCUUAUGUCUGGAUAUACGAGCCUAUACCUGUUUACUAUUGGUUUUUUGGUACAUUAUUAGUUUUGGGAGCUAUUAGUGUCUGUCUAUUCCCAUUGUGGCCUCAGACAGUUCGUCAUGGUGUUUGGUACCUUAGCAUAGCUGCUGCAGGAUUCCUUGUGUUUAUGCUAUCAUUGAUAAUCUUACGUUUAAUUAUUUUCUGUGCCUUAUGGAUUAUAACUUUAGGUAGACAUCAUUUGUGGCUCUUUCCAAACUUAAUAGAAGAUGUUGGUUUUUUUGCAUCUUUUUGGCCACUAUAUAAUUAUGAGUACUGUGGCCUUAAAUCAAGCGAUAAAACUUUGAAAAAAAAAAAACGGAAGAAAAAUCAAGAUUCAGAUGCUGAAGAUGCUAUCAAUUCUCAAUCUGAUAAAGAAAAAUCAGAAUCCUCGUCCGAAGCUACAAAAGCCGACUUCCCAAGACCAAGACAAUGCUUUAGCAAAAACUCAAACCAAGCAUCAAAUGGCCAUGAAACAAGUGAAGAAAGCUCAGAAAGUGAAAAAUCAAACACUGGAGCAGAUUUUGAGUUGCUAUGACACCGACAUUGCCAAUUAAUGACUUAAUUGUAUUCAAGAUGACUUAUUCUCAAGCUUCUAUAAUUUUGUAAUUUAAUA